UCAUUCAGUUUAGCUGUACAUUUGGCUAAAACACAUUAUAUACACCGUGUGAAGAAAAACUACAAGCCUUAAACCCCUUUUCCCUUUGUUUUGGUUUUUGAUAGACUAAAAUAUUCCAGUGAAUAUGUCGGUAUAACUGUAGCUUAUAUCGACCUAUCCUGUUCUGUUACCGCACUCACGUGAUUUCAUCUAAAGCUUCGCUGAGUAGGGUGAACCAGCGAUAAAAUAAACACAAUCUUAGCUCUCAGUGUUAUGCCGUGUAUUGAACGUGUAAUGAAAAUGUCGGGGGAAUUUUGCAGUCCGGAAUGGCUUAAGGAGAGUCUCCGGGCUGGUGAAAAAGUACUUCUUAUGGACUGUCGUCCCCAAAACGACUAUGUUAGAUCUCACAUCCAGGGUGCAAUCAACGUUACACUGCCAAACCUCAUGUUGAGGCGCCUCAAGAAGGGAAAUCUGAAAAUCUCCUGUCUCAUCCAAAAUAACGAAGCGAAGGAAACCUUUAAUAGACUAUGGAAAACACAUAAAAUUGUGAUUUAUGAUGAGUGUUCAACGGAUUCUAACUCCAACCCCUCGAGUGUGGUGGAUCUACUUAUGAAGAAGUUACGCCAGGACGGGGCCAAUGUUUCGUGUUUGACGGGAGGUUUUACACAGUUUGAAAAAAUAGCCAAAGAUCUGUGUCGAAGAACUGAAAAUACGGAUGAAUCAAUUUUCGGAUUGUGCAAUUUAAAAAUUUCGGAUGAUUCCGGAAACGGAACCUCUGAAUCAGACAGUGAAAAUCUGAAUUCUCCGGGAUGUAUGUCCCCUUAUCCAGUGGAAGUUCUUAACCACCUUUACCUCGGAAACGCUAAAAACUCCGCGGAUAUUAACUUGCUGAAGAAGUUUGGAAUUAAAUACAUUUUGAAUGUUACUCCCAAUGUGCCAAAUAAAUUUGCAGAGGACAAUGACUUUAAAUACAUGCAAAUCCCAGUCUCCGACCAACUCUCACAGAACCUGUCUGCCUUUUUUCCAGAAGCAAUAGCUUUUAUCGACGAAGCCCGUGAAAACGGCUGUGGAGUCCUGGUUCACUGCCUUGCCGGCAUUAGCCGGUCUGUUACCGUUACCGUAGCCUACCUCAUGCAAAAGGAACACAUGAGCCUAAACCAAGCCUACGACCACGUCAAAGGGUGCAAACCCAACAUCUCUCCAAAUUUCAACUUCAUGGGGCAGCUCUUAGACUUUGAAAAAUCCCUCUCAGGAGAUGAUACACAAGGCCACACGAGUUUCUUUUGCCAAAGAUCAAACACUCUUGAAACAGACCCCAAUGUGCGGCAGACGUGAAAAGAAGGGUGAAAUAAACAAUGUUUACAGUAGGACGGGAACUGUUUUUUGUCUCCCGCUACAAAAAACGAAGAUAGAAGCCCGCAGAACACCGUGAGAAAACGAUUCGGGGCUUAAACGCUAGCACAUGUGGAAUACCAAAAUACCAGAGCGAUGGUUUAAUGAAUUGGAAGACUUUAAGUGCCAACACGAUGAUCUCAAAAAAGAAGAAAAAAACUCAGUUCAUGAACGGUUUCAAACGCACAGAUAGCUUAGACGCUGACGUCACAAAUCUUGAGAAUAUGAAGAGCGGGCGUAUCGCCAAAAUACCAACUACUUUUUUUAUCUUUAGCCUCUCAAAUUAGCGACCAAGCAUUUAGUGGGGGUCCCAAAAGGGGCAAACCAGUAAUAUUUAGUAAGACAACAAAAUAGCCAGGAAGUUCAACGAGAAAAACACUUUUUCGAAAUAAUUGACUUUUUUUUCCAAUUUCUGUUCUAGAUAUUAAAACAUGUUUAUAACACGUUCUAAGGGAUGUGAAGUAUGAAAAUAUGUCACAAGGCAGCUAAUUGAUUCAUUUAUUUCAUAUCUCAACUUCAUUCUUCAUUUUGUCAUGUGAAAUAUGUCCCCGUUUGUAGUUGUAAAACGAAGUGGUCAUUACACAGAAACUCUUGGAAGAACUUGUAUACUAAGAAAUAAAAACUGAGAUUCUUUUUUUGACAACAGGAAAGAUGUGUUCCAAGCUGAGACAAUUCUUAAAAAGACAAAAGUUCCCCAAAUCUCUCUGUUGUUUUUUUGUAAAGUGCUGUAGUCACUCUAAAAAAAUGAGGGUUGCCUUGGCAACAGAAGAGUUUCAAAGUGCUUUUGACUCUCUGAUUUUAUGAAGUUUUAAAAUUAAUUGUUACAUGCUGUACAGAUUAUUUUAGUUGAAUUUGGAAAACAUAGUGCUAAAGUAAAUUGUACAUUCAAUAUUUUAUAUUGUUUUUUUCUGACUGUGAUGUUGUGUAUGAUUACUAUUGUUACAACUGAAUAUUGAGUGUUUUUCUGCAGAUCCAAUACAUUCUUGAAAGAAUCAAUAGUCCCGAAAGCAAGAUACGACAGCCUUAUAUAUAUAUUGAUAUUUAAACAGAAACCUGAUAUACAAGACGCAACAUACUCUCCUUGAAUUACAUAAAUAUCCAUGUUAAAGAUCAAUUUCUUUUAUGGAGCACAAGAAUAAAAAACUGCAAUUUCUAAAAAAGAUAAUGAUUUUGUUUUUGAUCUGUAUAAAAAAAAAUCCAGCUAGGGACUAUUGUCUUGUUUGAAUUUGGAUUUGAGAAACAUGAGAUACAUAUUGUUCAGUGGAUAUAUACAUUUAUACCCAAGGGUGUUCUCAUACGUUAUAAGAUGAGCUAUCCAGGCAUCAUGUUCAUUUAUCGUUUUAUAUAGCAUUUUUUUUCUGUUGUCAAUGUUGAAACAGUUGGAGAUAAACAAAAAAUAAAAUAAAAAUGUCUCAAAUUUA